AACGUUGAAGUGUUAAAACGUUAGUUUUUAACUCAAGCGGUUAAGUGCGCAUGCGUGUAGUCAGUCAGUCUAAGCUAAUAACGAUAAGUGUUGACAACAUAAACGCAUAAAAUUCGUGUAUCGUCGCGUUCGGGUGUCGAGUGUUGGGAAGUUGGAUACCGCAUUCAACAUCGCUGUGAGCCAAAGGAAGGCUUUAUCUAUUAGUAUUGUCGGAGCUCAUUGUUCAAUUAACAAUUGGAUAAAACGAAUACAUUGUUCUUCUCCCCCACAUAGGCUUAAAUAUAUUAUGCAAAUAAAUGUUGCCUGUAUAUCAACGUAGCUACUACAACCUCAACAUGGCUGAUAUCAACAACAAGCCCAAAAUACAGUUACGCCCCAGUCUGUCCAUUAAUGGCGAAAAGACUCCCUCGCCGUCCACCAAACUGCUAAUCAAUCAUGGCAAACCAAAUUUCACCAUACAACGUUCACCAAAAAUACAAAAUGGCAAUGAUAAUCCCAUGUCUCCUCCGGCGACCCCCAAAAAUGAUUUUGUGGUUAAGAGUACCACCUUCAAUGGUGUCUUCAAGCCUUCAAAUAUAAGUGUGGCCUCCAAGAAGUCUCUAGAGGAGAAUGGCAAUGGCGGUGACAAUGAGGCUGCCAAAGUGGUUUUGAGGCGCACCAAAGUAGCAGAACCUCCAUUAAAGGAGGGCGAAGACGAAAAUGUGCCCGAAUUCAUAAGGCGUCAGCGUCGUAUUCAGGAGCGCCUGGCAAAGGAGAAUUUAGAUUUCGAAAAUAGACGCAGUGGCUACUUUACCCAUGUUGUGAUUUCACCUACUUCACCCAAUCGCAAAUCAUUUGUGGAGACCAUGUCCAGUCCGGCUAUAGUACCAGGCCUAGAAAUUCGCCCACCGGUGCAACCAGAAAAAAUUGUCGAAAGCGAAGAGGAAAAGAAUCAUGAAGAAAAUAAAGAAGAAUUGCUUAACGAAAUAGCCCAUGAAAUAGUGCAGCAGGGUAAUGGAGAAACAGCUGUUGCUGCUGCGGCCCCUAUAGCCUUAAAUGGCAACCACGAUGAGGAGGAGGAAGUUAAUAAGGCCAUAGAGGAGGUGAACAAAGCUGUAGCUGGUGAAGAUGAUGACAGAGCUGUGGAGGAAGAUGCCACCGAGGAGACAGUAGUAGCUGUAGUAACCUCAGCUCCUUUAGUGGAAGUGGAAACACAAGAGGAUGCCAAGGCACCAGUACAAGCUGUAGUAACUUCGUCGCUGUUGGAAGAAUCACAGCCCUCCGAUGAGACUCCUGCACAAGUUGCUGUCGUAACUUCAGCCUUGAUGGAAGAACCCGCAGCUCCUGUGCAAGCCGUGGUGACCUCAGCCUUAAUGGUGGAAGAAGAGCCUCAACAAAACGGUCAUGUUGAGGCUGUGGUACAUACCGAGGUCCACCAACAAAAUGGUCACUCUAAUGAUGAAAUCACAAUUUCCCAUACCAAUGCCAUGGACACACCCAGCCUACCUUCCCCUGAUCCAAGUGGUGAAAAAGGCGUCAACUAUGAACCCAAAACCGUGGUCUCUUUCUCAAGAGAUUUGGGAGAGCCCAAUAAAUAUCCCGAUACAGUGAAAGUUGUAAAGGAUGCUGAUACAACCGACUCUGCUAAUGAUGAACUGAAGGAAUUGGCCAAGCUGAAAUUUGAAAUUAAGGGCGAUGAGCAAGAUAUUGAAGUGACGCCUGUUCUGAAGGUGGAAUAGAGAGGGAGCAAAUGAGAAAUAUUUCCAAAACAAGUGAAAAAAAACUUAAUUUAAUUAAAGUAGAUGCAUAAGAGUAUAAGUAAAUUCAACUAUUCUCCAUGGCUUAAAUAUUGAAAUGUCGAAGAAAAUAUAAAAAAAAACUUUGUAGAGCCCUCAUUUUGUAAAAGCUUUGGUAAAUCCAACUAACAUCACAGAUCAAUUAGUGUAUAGACUCCUUAUAUGGUUAUUUUGCAAAAAAUAAUUCAAAAGUUUUCCUCUAGACGUCACUUUAAGCUGUCAAAGACAAGCCGCUGAGCAUGUCUUGCCAUCUGUAAAGGCCAAAACAGAACGAGCGCGUUGAGCUUUGUUUUUGAGCGUUGCGUUGAAAAAUGCAACUCUGCAAACAAAUCCCACAUAAGCAACGCCCAAAAGUUAAAGAAAGUAUUGCCACACUAAAAUUAGUGUUUUAGGCUUCAAAAUUAAAAAUGUUUUAAACUUUUGCGUGUUGCUUUUGUGGGAUUUGUUUGAAGAGUUGCAUUUUUCAACGCAACGCUCAAAAACAAAGCACCACGCGCUCAUUCUGUUUUCGCCUUAGGAGCUUUUUUAGCGUUUGGAGAGAAAUUUCAAGUAGCCUUUACAUUUGUCUAUGGUUAAUGCUUCUUAAUUUAUUGUAUUAGAAAAAGAACAUAAGAACUCCCUGCAUAUCUUGGAGCUUACUGAUUUUUUCUGUUUCUUCUGGAAUUUAGUAAAAAAAAGGUUUUAAAUUUAGUCCUUACAUUUUUUGCAAUAGCUAAUCUGAAUAAAAAACUUGAACUAUUCAAAUAUCUUCCAAAAAACUAUGAGCGUGGUCUUAAGUAUCUUUUUUUCUGCUUUUAUAGUAUAAAUUAAAUUUUUAUUAAAUAUGAUUAAAUAGCAUAUCCUUGAUUGAGCGAGUCAGUUAUGCAAUCUGGCAUCUUAGUAAUAAUAUUUCUUAAUUUUAAGUUAAACGAAUUAAACUUCUUUACACAUUCAUAAACGAAAAUUUUAAUGACAAAAGACAUUGAGAAAUAACGCAUUCCCAUUUAAUACUUGUACUAUUAUGAGAAGAAAGUGUGAUCUUGGUAGCCUGGAGUAAUGACUUAGUCCAUUGUUUUAUUUUAUUAUUAUCAUUAUUAUUAUUAUUAUUAUUAUUACAAUAUUAUUGUAUCUGUAUUUUAAUUUUUUGUUUAGUUUUUAAGUUAAAACUGUUGCCAAAUUUUUAAAUUAUAAUAAAUUUAUUAUUUAAAUAAAACAAAUAAAAAACAA